AUGCAUCCCUUCUUUGUGAUGUCUCUCCUCUUUGGCCUGAUUUUUGGUCAAACCGCAUCACUUUGUGCUCCUUCAGAAUAUAUAAUCCAUGUGGAGAAAAGGGAAUGUGCCUACUGCCUGGCCAUCAACACCACCAUCUGCGCUGGAUUUUGCAUGACUCGGGACAGCAAUGGCAAGAAGCUGCUACUUAAAAGUGCUCUGUCCCAAAAUGUGUGCACUUAUAAAGAGAUGUUGUACCAAACAGCACUGAUUCCGGGCUGUCCUCAUCAUACCAUCCCUUAUUAUUCCUACCCCGUGGCUGUGAGCUGCAAGUGUGGUAAAUGUAACACUGAUUACAGUGACUGUGUUCACGAGAAGGUUAGGACAAACUACUGCACUAAGCCACAGAAGCUCUGUAACAUGUAA